GUUCCUAUUUUUCAGUGACAUAAAGAAUAAAGAUGUCCCGAUCCAGUUGGAACAAACGCUAACCCACACCAACUCAAACUACGCUUCCACAAGUGAACGUAGCACCCCCCGCAUGGCCAAAGUUCGAAGUAAUCGAAUCAAGGCUCGUCGAUCACCCUACCCCCAUUUGUCCGAUGGCUCUGACUACAGCAAUGACUACUCAGAAAGACAGACCACCACUUAUGACUAUAUCCCAGACAUGUCGAUGCCAGUGCAGGGUUACCAAAGCGUCAUGUACCAACACCCGCACGAAAGCAUGGAUCGCUACAACAGCCUCUAUACGUCACCCUAUUCUCACCCGGCAAGCAUGGGCAUGUACAGGGACAGCGCAUGCGUCUAUCCGUACCAAGCCCACCAAAGAUAUUUCGACGACCCUAGCCCUUACAGGACUUACGAAGAACGUUAUUAUUCUAACCGGGAUACUUCAAACUAUCAGGGGUUUGUGGGUUCCACUCAGCCAAUUCUUGAAGCUAAUCCAACCCCAACUCUACGGUUGGGACUCGGUGAGAAUGAAGCUGGGCGCGAGAACUACCGUCAGACGGACAGUUCGCAAUCGUCUUCAGCUCUUCAACAGUAUGACUAUCGGACGACUGGUGCCUGUUCGGGAAACAGCUCUCAAGACGCUGCAUCUUCUAGCUACAACGCACCUAGCAACAUGACAGGCAGCAAUAGCUACACGGCUCCGUAUAGCAACCGGUCUGAAUCUUCUGCCUCUGAAGUCGACGUCGUAAACGAAGAAUUCGACAAACGCCACACGUCCCUUCAUUCUCACAGACCGACUGACCGACUCUCUACAGCAGCUGGCAACAGCAACGGAACAACUAGCGCCAUUGUCGUUCCCGCUGUUGUUUCUUCUUCCUCCUCUUCUUCUUCUUCUGUUUCUGCUUCCAUUAACGGAACCGGAAGUUCUAAGUACGAAACGCUGUUGGAUGCUUCCCAUUUAGUGAAGGAAGAAAGCUACAAACCGCAGCCCACGGACCCACAGCAUUCAGCCAACGCCCAGCUGAACCCUAAUAUCUCUUCCACCCAGCGGGACUCGGUUCACCAGUCUGUGAUCAUGCGCAGACAGUCGAAUCAAACGUACCACGUGGGUAAAGAUCCGAGAAGUGGUGGUGGCAACAACAGCGCCAAUAAUACGACUAGCGGCAGGAAUAGUGUUGGUAGCAGCAAUGGCAAUACAGGGGGCAGCAGCAGUACGGCAAACAGCCACACGCACCAUAAUAGCAACCCUCACAGCCAACAGCAGCACCACCAACACCACAAUAAUAACCAGCAGCAGCAGCAACACCACCAUCACCAGCAGCAGCAGCAGCAGCAAUCACAUCAUCAUCAGCAGCAACAGCAGCAACAGCAGCUCCACUCACACCACCAUCACCAAGCACAACACCAACAACACCACCAACACAGACAACAGCACACACACUUACAAAACAGCAACAACAACAACAACAACACUAACACCAACAACAACAUCUCUAACCACAGCACGAGUAAUCAUAAUAUUAUAAUUAGCAACAACACAACAACAACAACAGCAACAACAAUACUAAUACUACUAACAGUACUAAUCACAACUCGACAACCCCAGCCUCUUCAUCGGCGUCCUCUUCAUCCGUUAGAGUCAGCAACAUUAUCAUUGUCACUAUCAUCAUCAUCGUCUUCUUCUUCUUCCUCUUCUUCUUCCUCCUCGUCUUCUUCCUCCACCUCUUCCUCUUCGGUGGUGGCCGUGGGUGACUACGACAUGUCCCAGCAUGUCUACCUUAAAUCGCAUCCAUCGAUGACCAACAACACCACGCUACACCACCACCACCACCAACAGCAACAGCAACAACACCAACAACAACAGCAGCACCAACAACAUCACCAGCAGCAGCAGCAGCAACACCACCAUCAACAACAACAACAACAACAGCAACACCACCAUCAUCAUCACCACGAGGAACUGAAAAGGUCAGCUGCUGCUACUGCCGCAGCGGCGGCGGCGGCGGCUGGGACGGUGGUCGUUGGCGUUGGUGACGCCACGGCCCAGCCGACGGUGUCAACGGUGCUGUCCGACGGCGGCGUCAUCGCCCCAAACCUGACGCCGAACGGCGGCGGCGGCGUCCUUACGUCGGCGACAGCAUCGCCAACAACAGCAGCAACGUCGGUGACGUCGGCAACGUCGGUGAACGCGCACAAACUGUUGGACAUGCGUUCGCUGCAAGAGAAGUCGUUGGCAGCGGCGGCGGCGGCGGCUGCUGCCGCGGCCGCUGCCGCCGAACAGGACGCCUACACCACUUGCCUGAAAGCCGCCUGCGGCUACGACGGCUACGCUCAGGCUGGCAUAUACCAGUCGGCGCCCAUUCAGCCGCAACGCCCCUAUCCUAUGAUUCCCCAGGCAGGUUAUACGAGUGUCAUUGUCGAUGCACAGCAAUACCAAAUGGCGAACGGCUAUGUUCACUGAGCAACACACACAUCCGGUUUCACACGAGCAGCAGCAACAGCAGCAGCAGCAGCAGCAGCGCCCCCUACAUAACGGUGCAGAGCCUUUCUUCCUCCAUUAUAUACAUACGCGCGCGCAGAUACACACAUAUAUACACACAUGUAUAUAACUAUAUU